CCCGGAUGACACAGCAGAAUCACUGGUUGUCGAUCGCCCCCGAUUAGCGCGGUCGGAGAAACUGGGACCUGGGGUAGACUCGACAGUCCACCGACAAGGAAAGCUGAGUGAAUGGAUGGAUCCAGGUUGGCGCUAUGCACCCAUAUUCGGGUCCUCUUCCCCUUGGCAGUUUGCCGCCCCCCUCUUCCAGUUGGACUGACAGAUUGUAGCGUGUUCCCGGAAGUUGAGUACCUAGGGCCCGAGAACCAUUGCUACCACUUCACAACAUGCGGGCAAUACUACGGAAAACGGGUACAGUUUUCUAUGUCGCUACGUAAGCAGGAGACUACAAGGUACCCGCAGGCGAUAAGGGACCGGAUCCUGCUUCAAAAUAAUGAGGCGACUAGGGCGCAGCCUGCAUUUCCUGCGGUAUUGUUGAAGUAUGGCAGUUGUAAAUGUACCUUAUAAAGCAAGACCUAUGGCGGUGACUCAAUGAACCUAGCAAACUAGUUCGUUAGUCAAAGGAGUAGGGCGUUUCCCGAUGAAGAAGUGCGUAGCUAUAGGUCCCUCCCUAUCUCUUCAUGUAAGUAGCCAAUGCUACUUACCGACCGUAUGCCAUGGAUACCCAGCCUUAAACACGGAAAAGAGCUUCCCGCAUCCUCCGCAACUAGCAUGGGAUAGCUCUUUUUUUCGCGAAUCAAAUGACCCUGCAUACAUGUAUAGGAGCUCCCCUUUGAUGACUGGU